CGUCCCUCUUUUCCUUCAAUUUCCCCCACAUCCCAGUGUCGCGGCGUAACCACAGCUGCUGAAGUCGGUGUCUUGAAGAUUUCAGCUGCUUAGGUAUACCCGAAGGACUUCGUGCAACAUCUUAAUAUCUGUUUGGUGAGGACUAUCGGCGACCAUGGGCUGUUGAAGAGGAACAUCGGGCCGUGCCAACAUAGCAUCACGGACGCCCAGCCCGAUGGCUGCGGCAGCAGCGAAGCAUGCUGUCAUGGGGCCACCUCAUGCGGUCCGCGGAGCCCGGCCCGCGUCUCUUGGGCUCACUGCCCUUAUGGCGUCAUGCCAGCUAAACAACGAGCUCGAAGUGAAGGCCCUACUGCAGCGGAAGCCCACUCUGACGGCAGCUCGCGACAGGACGGGCAAAACUGCGCUUCACUACUGCGCCGAAAACCUAACCCUGGGCUGCGCUCAGUCUCUGCUAGCCACAGAUCCGGGUAUGGUAAUGGUACAGGAUGAAGAAGGAUACACAGCACUGCACUUCGCCGUGAUCUCGGGGAACCGCACAAUGGUCGGCUUCCUGGUGGACAGAGGCGCUGACGUCGCGUGUGUCGACAACGAAAAGCACUCCUGCGUCCACUGGGCUACAGUGUGCGGAGAGCUAGAGUGUCUGGACAUCCUGGUUAGCGCCGGCGCCAAUCCAUCCACUCCGGAUAUCCACGGUGCGUACCCCAUUCACUACGCCGCGCAAAUGUGUGGACCAAACAGCGAGGUGGGAAACGAUGUCCGUGUGGGCAUGGAAGCUCUCCGACGUCUCAUUGCUCUUGGAGUGGACGUGGGUGUUCGAGACCAGGACGGACGACCACCUCUGCUCUGGGCAGCCAGCGUGGAAACCCGUGCCAGCAAGACCUACUGUCCUUCUGGCAGCAGCGACGCCAUCUUGGCGCUGGUGAAUGCAGGAGCUGAUGUAUCUGCUACCGAUAAAGACGGACUUUCAGCCCUUCAUUGUGCAGCGAGUAGAGGUCAUGUGGACUGCAUCGAGACUCUUGUCACCCUUUGCGGAGCGCAAGUGGAUGCAGUCGACAGCAACGGCUGCUCUGCGCUCUUUUAUGCGGUAACCCUGGGUCACGCAGAUUGCACGCAACUUCUGCUCAAAUAUGGUGCGAUGGCAAACAGACAAGACAAGAAAGGACGAACUGCGGCUCAUUGCGGGGCGGCCAAAGGGCAACUGGAAACGCUGAGGAUUCUUGCGCAGCACGGUGCCAACUUGUACGUAAGAAACAUACGGGGAGACCUGCCAUUACACGAGGCUGUACAGUCGGGAAGGAAAGAUCUAGUGCAAUGGUUGCUAGAUCUUCAGCCAUCUACCGCCAACGCACCCAACAACAACGGUCGAACAGCCCUGCACGUCGCAGCAGUGACCAACAACGUCGAGAUCUGCAAAGUACUCAUGGACCGCGGCGCGGACGUCAACCCUGUGAUGCGCAGCAGUAAGGGCCACCUUCUAACACCACUGGAUGCCUCGCUUCAGCGCGGGAACCGCGGAUGUGCCAAGUAUCUCCGUCUUCACGGCGCGUUGCCGUUUGGAAAGAUGACCGAUAAGCACGAUAUCGACCGGUGGCUAGAGCAAAGUGCCAACAUGUCCGCACUGCCGCCGGCAAAGUCGAUCUGCCCAGACGGUAUCCACGAGCUUCCACAGCACGGCCACCUGCACGAGACUUGGGUUCAGACCGACUCUGGUUAUUUCGAUGAGCGUGGACACGGCCCCCGCACAAACCUACAAGACACAACUAGGCCUCAUGUCGGCCAUACAGGCGCCUGUGCACCGCAAUCCUUCGCUACAACCAACAAACAUGUGCUCGAAGGCGGACGUACCCUGAAGCAGGCCAUAAUUACCAACGUCUACGUGCGCACAUCAGGGGGAAGAACUCAUCAAUCUAAGCGGAGACGGGGUAGUGGAGAUGAUGACAAUGCGAAAGAAGACGACUCGACGUCCGGUGGUGGCGAAAGUCAGGAUGAAAGCCCGAAAAAGUCUAAGGUUACGAAGGUAGCUAGAAAGCACGUUGUCAUCGACGCUAAUGGUGAGGAAGUAUCGGAGGAGGUGAUAGUUGAAGAAGGUUCUCAACACGUGAAGAGGAUUGUGCGGAAGACAGCAGGUAGCGAUGACCUUGUUAGGGUGAGUGGGGAAGUGCUAGAGAAUCCACUCACGACGCCCGAAGGGCUGACUUCUACGACGAUGAGCGAGCAGAAAAGCCUGGAAGGUGGACAGGAGUCAUCGUGCGAGGAGCCGGUCGCUAAGGCGGGGAGGAAGUUAACCAUAAACAGACCUAGUGAUCAGCACCAUAAGACGGCUGAAAAACACGAACAUGAAAGCGAGCCCUCGCAACUUAUCCAAGGUAAGAAGUGCCCAGAAGCCCCUUCAUCAAAACAAGAAGCUUUAAGAAAAAGAAGUAAGAUACCCAGACGGAGCAGCUCGUCAUCUGGUGACAGCACAACUGGGGGAAAUGAGAAGACCUUGAAAGAAGUGACGAAGACACACAGUAAAACUGUCAAUCGGAGCGAGGAGUAUCAAGAAGUGGUUACCACACAAACCACAGGGUGCAGGAACCUGUCUGAAGCAGAUAUCAGAACGGCACCACCUUCAACGCCGAAGCCUCAAGAACACGAGGAAGACGAAACAAGUAUCGUCAGAGUUGCUGCACAGAAGUUUAAGCAGAUGGCUAACUUAGGUGACGAAACGAUUCUCCAGGACCGCGAUAUUGAGGAUACUCACGAGAAGAUUCCAAACGGGGAAUGUGUGAAUAAAGAAGACAUCUCUGCGAAUGCAACUGGUGGGCGGGAAAGCAGUGUCUUAGGGCAACGUCGUGAAGGUGAAACUUGCGGAAAUGUUGAACACGCACAUCUUAGUGACGAGCUUCCAGUUGCUACGGACACACAGGCUGCAUCUCAUGGGACGUUAAAACGUGACGGUGACGAGACAGCAGAACCGCCCGAAUCGAAGAUGGGACACUCUCCAGGUCCAGACGUCGAAUGCAGAGACGCGUCAUCUGCCAAUGGCACGACGACAACGCAGUUGAAAGAAACUACGAGGCACUCACAGAGUAAAUCUCAUUUACGGCGAGAAAAAUCUGUGGAGUCAUCUAGCUCCCGAGCAGAGAAAAGUGUCACGCCAAGUGCUGGGGAUAAGGAUUUAUCGAGCUUAGGAACAGAUCCAAACCAAUCAACGAAACACGCCGGCGGGACAGAGACACGUGGAAGAAGGUCGGCAGUAGAUGCAAAAAGAGAAGAUGCUGAUUACCGAGACCAAUCAACCCCGGAACCCCCAUGCGAGGAACGACCGAAGCUUAUAAUGAUCGACACAGCGAGCAGUCCUGUGUUUGACGGAGUUGAAUUGGUCGACACAUCAUGCGGUAGCCCGAGAGACACGUUGACAGGUUCUGAAUUCCGAUCUGUGCAGGUUGAGGAGAGAGGGUGUAGUCCUGCUGGAGGAGAAUACACAGCCGACGCUGCCUGUGCGACUACGCCGGGAGUGGUUGAGAGCGUUGGGUGCAGUCCUGUUGUUAAUCACAUUGAUGCCUCUUGCAGUCCGUUGUUAGAAACCAUACAAGAACUCUCAGUUGCUGGUCCCAUACCAGAAUCUACCGGCGAUGUCGCCUCGGCUGCCCAUAGCCCCAGGCUGACCUCUCAAGCAGAUGCAGCAUGCAGCCCACCGAGCUUCGCUGAUAUGGUCGACAAUACGUGCAGCCCACACGCUGUAAGCGAGAGCAGGGACCAGGCUUGCAGUGCAGCCAACGAAAUACUUCGCUGCGACGCGGCCACAAGCCCUAUAGAGUUCUUAAAGGAAGAUUUAAGCUCUCAAAGAUUCCCACGAACGCCACCGCUAGUGAUCGAACUUGCUGAUGCAGCAUGCAGUCCACCAGAAGCCGUGCCAGGGGGCAAACUUACUACAGCCACUGAUCAUGCUGCAAGCAGCCCUAUGCAUCUCUUAGUGGAGCGAGUUGAUGGUACCUGCAGCCCUGCAGAGCCGUUUCUCAAAGAUGCGUCCAGCAGCCCAGCAACCAGAGACGCAGGUGUCGACGCUUAUGCAAGCCCUGCGGAACCCUUUGUCAAAGAUAUGUCCAGCAGUCCCACCACCAAAGAUACAGGUGUUGAUGCGUCUGCAAGCCCUGCAGAACCGUUCACUGCAGAGUUGGCAUGCAGUCCUUUUGUACGGAAUAUCAGUGCAGCUGACGAGGGUAGCAGCCCACAUAUUACGUCAAGCCUGUAUCUAGAUGCACCGACUGCUUUACCAGAGCAAUACGCAAAACAUUCCCCUUCUGGAGCAGUACCAGAGCAUUUCACAAGAACACCAGGUGUAGAUGCGGCAUGUAGCCCCAUUGAAUUUGUCAAUGAUACGUUAUCUUUGAGAAGCAGCAGUAGUUCGUUGGACGUCGAAAUUGCUGUCAGAUCAUCUUCAAUGGAAGAGCACGAAAAGUCACCGCUCACCGAUAUCGGAGCUAUUCCUUCCGGGUCGCGUGGGAGCCCAAUGGAAACGCCUGCGCUUCAAGAAGUCAUAACCGAGUCAGUAAGCGUGCUGGCAAAGCCAGCUAUAGCAGAUUCAGGAACAAGCCCGAUGGCCGUAUCUUUAAAGGCCGCUGAGACAUCCACAGAAACCUGUCCCAUAUCUAAUGUGAGCGACAGCGCUACCAGCCCCAUUUGCAAACAAAUGGAUGACAACAGAGAAGCCAAGAAAUCUGCAACGACCGACACAGCUUGCAGCCCCAUUCCUGCCCCCGCCUUGCUGCCAGUUGAUUUUGGAAAGCCUGUGCUACACCGCAGAAAGAAAAUACUUUCGAAAAGUCGGUCAUGGGAUGUUAUCGGCACCGUUGAGAAGAUACCAGACAACCUCACGCUUCCAGAAAUCACUGGAACAAGACCUGCAAAAGACGUCCUUCCCACCCAGACAGUGGAUAAGACAAGUCUCCAAAAGCUUCCAGCCAUAGUUAGGACAGCUAAUACUUCUGAAGAAGAAGAAAGACGCGAAAUUGAAACCAAAGGUAAUAGGGCUGUUCACGAGAAGACACAUCUGACCAAGCAUCGCAGUUCCUCUCAUUUAGAAGUGGAACGUGAUCGAUCUCCAACGUCGAGUGUCCGUAGCUCAGACCACGCAGCUGGUAUGAAGGACUCUGGAUUUAGUGAUGUAGAAAGAGCGCCCUCCGGUUCGUCCGGAGACAUCGGCGACGAACACCUGUCAGAUUCGGCUGCGCAAAAGGUCGACUUGCGACGCAAGCGACUAAAGCCCAAGGUUUGCCAUGCGGAUUUCGACAGUGAUGGAAGUGCUGCUGGAACGAAGGCCGUUCCGGGUCGGAAGGCGGGAACGCAAGCGCUCGGAUCUAGGCACGGUGUUCACGAUGGCAUGCCUCAUGAGGAGCAUUACCUCAAUGAAGAUCUGACCCUAGAAGUGCAGAAACAUCUAAGAAAGUACCAGCUGGAACGGCAACUGUUCAGCGAACUCCAGGAGUUGAAACGGCACCAGAUUCGCAGUGGCCGGAGCCACGAACAAGUCCUCGUCAAACGCCUGGUAGACAAGUACCGAGAUUCUGUCUUGGGUCCAGGAAUGAAGGACUUUCAGGGGCAGUACACUUUCAAGAACUACGAAACCUACCUCUACGGCCAGCUUCGUGAACUGUCGUCGUCCAAUGAGGGCAAAGUCCCACACAAAAACGAAAAGAAAGACGUGGUACAGACGAAAGGAACCUCAGAAGGUCCCCUGGAAUGUGUCAAUAAAACAUACAAGUGUCACCAUGCUGCACAGGCCUACAGAACAACAACAGGCGAGGUGCUUGAUCUUCCGCGGAAGGCUGUUCUGCCGGCCAUGCUUCCCAGUCCUAUCAACAGCGUUUUUGCAGUCGUCAGAGGUGCUCCGACGGUUCCUUCAACUAGAGGCAACUACAGUCACGUCAGGUCGAGAGUGUUCCCGCAAAAACCAGUGCAGAGGGUGGAUCUGGCGCCUCAAGAAACUGCGAAUGUCGCGGAAAAAUCUGCGGCGACGCCAAAGAAGGUGCCGCUUAGGAAGCUGGACGGAAUAUCCGGUAUCUUGAACAACCAGGCCUCACGGCUUCGCGUUGAAAGACUGAAGAGGAUACAGAUGGAAGAGAAAGCCGCGAAAGAGCAAUGGCACCCGCUUAGGAAACCAGGUGAUGGAAGCAAGCCAUCGCUUGCUCAAGGCCCAAAAUGCCAUGCCGAAGAUGCCCGAAUCACUGAAACGUCAGAAUCGUCCACGAGUGAAGAAUCAGCCCAGCAGAUUGAAGAAAGCAUGGUAGCAGAGAAAGGGCCCUCUAGCGAAAGGAAGGCAACGGAACCUUCACCACAACCGGCAAAGACUGGAACCACAGGUGCAACCAGGCCUCCCAAGGCCACCACAAAACUCUGCCAAAUGGAGAAGGAAGAGGACACGGAACCACGGCAAACAUUCCCGUAUUUGAAGAAGAAUGAUGGACGCAAAAGCGUACGGAAACCUAGCCCAAAACCUCCCCCUCCAAAAGAACCAGACACUCCAAACACGCAGCGACGAUUCAGCAAGUCGACCACGACGCCCACGAAAAGUAGCGCGCUGCUCCCUUUCUGGGUGCCGCACAGCCCCACGAAAGAGGUCGAAAGACGCGACACUUCAAUACGAGACAAUCUGGGUGAGCAGACUGUUAGGUUUAAAGACUGGAUCCGUACACGGAAACAAGAAGCAGCCGGUCGUAGAGGAUCACCAAGUGAGACAGACUCUGGACAUGAAGGAGAUAAGCCCAGCACAAAAGAUGUCAUUCUGGAAGAAGUGAGCAGGAGCCUGCAGAAAGAGGAAAUUCUUCCAUCUGAUCUGAUAACAAUGAGAUUACAGCCUUCUCAGCCGCCGUCAGAAAACACUAGUCACGACGAAGAAGAAGAAACAAUAACUCGCACAUUGAGAGUGGAGGAGUUUCUGGACGCGACAGAGAACGAUAUUGUGGUCAAGCAGACGGAACUCAAGCCCGAAAACGUUUCUGAAGGCGACGAGUCGCCCGACUGCGCGACUCGGAGCACUGCCAGCUCAACUAGUAGCGAUAGUGUCUGCCAAAGUGAAAGAACGCUGCAGUUUGAAAUCAAGCACGGCCGUGAAAAGAACGUAUUCUGGCUCCCAACAAAUAAGAUUAGAAAGAACCGCCAGUGGCAGGUGACAUUUAUAGUCGCUAAGGCGGAUUCGGGCAUGAAAUAGUCCUCUGCACGUUUGUACAUAACCCGAUGGGUAACAAAACGGCACUUACGGCAAACGGUCGUGGUCAUUCUGUAUGGUUGCUGUAACAGUAAGAUACUCUGUGGGCGCAAACUUUCUAGAGCAAUAACCGGUUAAUAAUUAUUCAUUGGUAAUGUACGUUGUAAAGAAAAGUUAUUAUCCGUUAUGGCACUGCACCUGAUCCAGAGACCCCGCCUGACCUGCACGGGCCGACUUUUCCGGGCCCAACCCGGCCCGCUGGCCCAGUGAGUACCGUAUUUUCACGAGUACUAGCCACGGCUUAUGCGCAAUUUUUUUUUCUCACGGGCGCUCUGCGGCUUAUCCACCAGUGCGGCUUAUCUGGUGACUAUUUUUUCCUGGUAUUUUCCCCAUACGCCAAUUUUAACGAAAGGGCCUGGAACAGCACUGCCUUGCCGAUGCACGAACAGUGCGUAACAGGGACGGGUCCACAUUCGAGUAGAUUGAUCUUCCUGGUGCAUUCCCCCAAGCAGCUUUAAGGAAAGUGGUGACAGUGAUUCACGUCUUCUGGAAGAUCACUGACCCAUCAGUCUACGAAAAACACCCAACAAGGGCACAAUCCGAGCUUGGUAGAACUCUAGAACUGACCACCUCUGUUGUACACUGUGCCGAUCCCGGAGUAUGUACCACAGGGUUUAUGGCCUUCUCUAUGGUCUGCUUUGUCGCACAAAUCAGUCAUCUCGUAUUGCCCGCAGCCUAUCUGCCAGAAAAUUUUCAAAACGUCCCUAAAAACGCGUCCUGCGGCUUAACUGCAAUGCGGCUUAUACGCGUGAAAGUACGGUACAUCUUUCAUUGGCCUUUUAUCUCACAUCUAGUCCUUCAGUGUGGCUGAUCUGAACAAAAGUAUUACUAGCAUAAAGGUUGUACAUAUGCAUUUUUCUAAAAACUUUCAAGACCUGCAAUAUCUAUUCUCUCCGCUCUUUCAUUGCGCCUCACGUUCAUAGUUACUUAUUUACCAUCUCAUAGUUAUUUAUGCUUUUACGCAUCCAGAGCAGGCACACACAAACUUUACUGCCAUUAGGACGCCACUCUGAAUGGCACUGUGCAGUUUCUCAUCCCUGUCCCUCUCCAAAUAAACAUGAACCAUUACUUUAUUACAUCAGCUACUGUCUGCCAUCUUCCUAGCAUAACCAGUGUAGCAGCAGAGUAAACUUCCUCUGCUGAAGUCAAUUGUAAAAAUUAACUCUUAAUUUAAUUUGUCAGUAGUAGUUGUUGUAUGACAGUGUUGGAAAGUGUGCAUUAUCUUUAGAGGGAUGUUAUGGACAAUGUUGAUGUUUGAGAGUUAUAGUUCUAAUAGUACCGACAACUAAAUAAAGCGAUGUUUCAACAUUUUA